GACGUCACCCAACCAGGAAGUACCACAGCACGCUUGACAUCUCAUGACGAGGGUGCAACACAUUUUCAGCUGCGCUCGCCGGAGUUUUGUAUUGGAGGACUGACCAUGAGAUGUGUUGCUGCUACAGGAUGAAUUAACCUGCCCUGAUGGCGGACAGGCUGAGCUUCAGCAACAUCAUCGCCUUGGCCCCCAUGGUCCGAGUGGGCACGCUGCCCAUGAGGUUGUUGGCGCUGGACUACGGAGCUGAUGUUGUCUACAGCGAGGAGCUGAUUGACAUCAAGAUGGCGCAGUGUCAGCGGGUGGAGAACGAUGUCCUGCAGACGGUGGAUUUCGUGGCGCCGGAUGAUCGCGUGAUGUUCCGGACCUGUGAGAAGGAGAAGCACCGAGUGGUCUUCCAGAUGGGGACCGCUGACCCGGACCGAGCGCUGACUGUGGCCCGGCUUGUGGAGAAAGACGUGGCCGCCAUUGACGUCAACAUGGGUUGUCCGAAAGAGUAUUCCACUAAGGGCGGAAUGGGCGCUGCGCUUUUAUCCGAUCCCGACAAGAUCAACGCGAUUCUGGAGAAGCUCGUUGCAGGGGUUUCUGUGCCCGUGACGUGCAAGAUCCGAAUCCUGCCUUCGAUGGAGGAGACCCUAUCCCUGGUUCGGCGGAUUGAGAAGACGGGCGUUGCUGCUAUCGCCGUCCACGGCAGGUUUAAGGAGGAGCGUCCCAGACACCCGGUCCACUGUGACUACAUCCACGCCGUGGCUCGGGCUGUUUCUAUUCCCGUCAUCGCCAACGGAGGUUCUCUGGACCUGGUCAAGACCCACGUCGAUAUCGAGGCCUUCAGGGAGGCAACGGGGGCCUCGUCUGUCAUGUUGGCCCGCGCCGCCAUGUGGAACCCGUCAGUGUUCAGCAGCGGGGGGCCGCGUUCUCUGGAGGAAGUCAUGGACGAAUACCUCAAAUAUGCCAUCCGCUACGACAACCACGCCUUCAACACCAAGUACUGCCUGUGCCAGAUGCUGAGGGACAAGGUGGAGUCUGUCUUGGGAAAAAAGGUGCAGGCGGCCCAGACCAACGCUGAGCUCAGCGAGGCAUACGGCCUGCAGGACUUGUACAAGCAGACGCAGGAGCAGUUUCAGGCCAUACGGGACGCCAAGCUGGGCGGUGCCCAGCCGGAGCGCCUCAUCAUGGACGGCGACGUCACCACCAUGGCGGUCAAGUUUGAACGGCGGGAGUAUUCGCCCCAGAUCACGCCGAAGAUGGUCCUUCUGGAGUGGAGCCGCAGGGAGAAAGUGGACCAGCCGCAGUAUCAGACGGUGCAACGGCCGCAGGAUCGAGCCUUCCAGUCUACUGUGACGGUGGACAACAGGAAGUACAGACCUUCGCUGUGGGAGAAGUCGAAGAAGUUCGCCGAGCAGGCGGCCGCCGUCGUUUGCCUGCGAGCUCUCGGGGUUCCGGAGGGCCGCGUCGGCGAGGGGAACGGCGGCCUGGUGUGCAAGAGGAAGCGCGAGGAGAGGGCGAACGGCGGCGCAGAGGAAGAGUUCAGGAAGAAGCAACAGUUGGACGACGGCGGGAGCAAUGUGGCGGCGAAUGGCGAGUUAAACGACACGUGUGUGAGGACGCUACAGGCGUUUGUGAACUGACGGAGCCAAUGAAGUUUGGUUACAAACAGCUGCUGACAUUUUAUUUUGAAAAACGAAUCUUGUACUUCCAGCAUGCUGACAGGUUCCUUCUGCAGCCAACAGAGGGCAGGAUUUCGCUGUCAGGACAUUUUUCAGUUGUUUUGUCGGAAGACAUUUGGCAUGUUUGUGCCUGCCAGAGACUUUUUUUCUGUUUUAGUUGAACGAUCAUGUUUUUGCGUGCAUGGAGCAGCGAUUUUAAGUCGCCCAAAUACACUUCAAUCACAUUAAUAUUUUGAGUGAACAUGUUUGUAUUUCCUUUAUAUGUUUUGAUUGUGUUCUCUCAGUUUGCAAACAAGAAUAGAUGCUCAUAUCUUACCUAUAAGCACAAGAGGCUAAUAGUCCAAUAUUAUCAAUAAACAUAUUUCUGCUCAUGAGAGCUUCUGCU